UCGAUUCUCUUUACACGAUUCACGAUUGAGAAGAAGGAUGAAGACGAAGCACAAUUCCGGAAGAUGUGAGAGUCUUGAUUAGAAUCCAGGUCUUCUUAAUCUCGUUCCCCCGAUUUUUUACGCCGUUAAAUUUCGUGAAAAAUUUACAUGGAGAUUAAGUGAGAUUGAUAGGAGUACUGGAAGCAGUGGAAAGGUCAUAUGAGGUGCUCACUUUGCUGGAUUGGUUCUGAUUCUUUUGAUUCAGAUGUAAAGCCUUUGAUUCUUGUUCUUGACCGAUUAGUUGAGUUUUCUAAGGUGAGUUGGGGGAGAUUGGAUUUCGGGAGUGGAAGUUUUGUGUUUAGGUAGUGUAGUGAAUCAUGUCUCAGAGAGAGGAGCGCAUUGAGCUUAAGUUCAGGAUUUAUGAUGGAACUGAUAUUGGGCAUAGUUCUUAUGCACCUUCCAUGACUGUAGCUACUCUUAAGAAAAGGUUACUUUCUGAGUGGCCUCAAGCCAAGACAGUGACACCCAAGACAGUGAAUGAAGUGAAACUGAUACAUGGUGGGAAAGUUCUAGAGAAUAGUAAGACACUUGCUGAAUCCAGAAUAACGUCCUUCGGGAACUUGCCUGGUAGUGUUAUAACCAUGCAUGUGGUUGUACAGCCCACUAUUGCCAAAGAGAAGAAAGCUAAAAACCAGAAGGACAUGCAAAAGAUGAACUCGUGCUCAUGUACCAUUCUUUAAACCUGGAAGGCAGGCCCUUGGCUCCAUCCAUGGCUGCCAUUGCAGAGGAGUGAGGACUGCGCUUUUCACACGUUCUUCUUCUCUGAUGUAGUUGAUUGCGGUGUGAAAGUUAGAUCACAUCUCUAUAGUGAUUGAGUUGCUUUUGUUUACUUAUGUCAAACUUGUAGCGCUGCACUGAAUCUACAAAGAUUUUGACUUUCUGAGAUGCUUAGAAUCCUUAGAUGCUUUCGUGUUUUCUUUUCUUCUUCUUGGACUUGGCUGUGGCCUGGUGGCCGAAAGAAACUGUGUUGGGUUUGAGGGCUUC